AUGUCUCAUAGUAAACGUAAUACAUCGCGUGCUGUCUUCACAUCAUACGAGCGCUCAUUAGCAAAGGCAGCCUGGGGAGCAACAACUGCACGUCUCUCACGCGAGGCCUUUCUACCGUUUGCCGCGUGUGCGCUCUGUCUACUUUCAGCACGCGCACCCGUCGCCUGUACGGCCGGUCAUCUCUUCUGUCGCGAGUGUGCCCUGCAGAACCUUCUAUCACAGAAAAAGGAAAUCAAACGCCUCAAACAGUCACGCGUGCGGGAAGUCCAGGCAGCAACGGCGCAGCGCGAGCACGAAGACGCCGCCGCUAUCCAGCGCUCCUCGGAUGACUUCGAACGGGUGCAGGCUGGCUGGAAUAUCAAGGCAUCGCGCACUGGAGACGGCACUGGCGAUAAAGACGACGUGAACAGUGAUACGCAGGAACCAUACGAGAGGCCUGGGGUUAAACGGAAAUUCGAGCUAGACCGUGAGGCCGUACAACGAGUGGUGAUGCAAGACCACGCCAAGAUACGCAAGGUUAUGGAUGAAGAAAAGACAGCCCAGGCUUUAUCUUCGUCGUUUUGGGUCCCUUCCACAACGCCUUCUUAUGUUAAGGCUUUCGAGCCCAGUACAGCUACUACGAAGUGUACCCCUCUUUGUCCAGCAGCUCCGGCAGAUCAACCGCACACCUAUUCACUGCACUCACUUAUAGACGUCAUAUUCACCGAGGAAAAGAACAGCGAGACCAACCUCAGCCAGCCUAUCUGUCCAGCCUGCAAGAAAAUACUGACUAACUCGUCCAAGCCAGUUCUAGCUCGGAGCUGUGGACACGUGCUAUGCCAAAGCUGCAUUACAAAGUUUAUGACAGCCCGUCCAGCUGAAACCUCCAUUAGUAGUAAUGCUCGGAUCACGUGCUUUGUCUGCGACGGAGAUCUCUCGGGGUCUCGUCCUCACCAAACAACGGCAGCCAAAGCUGAUGCCAAAAGCGCCGCCCGGUCUGGGUUAGUAAGUAUUUGCUGUGAGGGCACUGGGUUUGCUGGGGGUGGCGCUAAUACCGUAGAAAAGACUGGCGUUGCCUUUCAAUGUUAG